CAGCCCAACAGGGGGCGGCAAAGGUAAGUGUCGCUUAUGUUUCCUCGAAGAAGAAAUCACUACGGAGACAACAUGGCGGCAUCGUUGGUGCGAUUUGUCCGCGGAGGUUUCGGUAGAAGUUUUGACAUUGCUAGUCGGAGCUUGUGUGCCAUCCAGCAGCAGGCCAGGUUUCAGGGCUCUUCCACAGAAACCAGACCCACAGUGCGACCAAAGGAUGCGGUUACCUACAACAAACUGGCAGAGUUUGGGGAGUAUGUGGCUGAGAUUAUGCCCAAGUACAUUCAGCAAGUCCAGGUGACCUGCUACAAUGAGCUGGAGGUGAUGAUUCACCCUGAUGGGGUGAUCCCUGUUUUGACCUUCCUGAAAGACCACACCAAUGCUCAGUUCACAAAUAUGACUGACCUCACAGCUGUUGACGUCCCGACACGAGAAAACCGCUUUGAGAUUGUGUACAAUCUGCUGUCUGUGCGCUACAACUCUCGUAUCCGUGUGAAGACAUACACAGACGAGUUAACACCUGUUGAGUCCGCAGUUCCUGUCCACAAAGCUGCCAACUGGUACGAGAGGGAGGUGUGGGACAUGUUUGGGGUGUUCUUUGCCAACCACCCUGACCUGAGACGCAUUCUGACUGACUACGGCUUUGAAGGUCACCCCUUCAGGAAGGAUUUCCCUCUGUCGGGAUACGUUGAGGUGCGCUAUGACGAUGAGGUGAAGCGUGUGGUGGCAGAACCCGUAGAGCUUGCACAAGAAUUCAGGAAGUUUGACCUCAAUACACCCUGGGAGGUUUUCCCUGCCCACCGAGAUUCCAAGGAGGCCACACCCAAGCUGGAAGCUGGUGACAAGGCGCCUGAGAUCAAAUGAUUUCCUGUUGUUUUGAUGCCUCACACACACCAGUGCUAUGCCCCGAUUCUUUUAUGUGGGACUCCCUGACCUUCGAACAACCCACCUGAAAUAUUUAUGUAAAUAAAAGUAUCUUUAAAAUGG